AUGAAUCAACAACAAAAUUUGGAAAAUUCUUCCCACGCAGCCUCGUCGAGGAAUGGCUUGAUCGGAGGAGGCUUGUUUUUCGUGAAUCAAAUAUUGCUUGCCUAUCGGUUGGGAUUUCAAACUCUCAAAAAGACAGUCUUGGGUAUGAGAGAACAAUUUGCCGCCAAUUUUUCUAAAGAGGAGGAACAUUAUGUUUAUAAACAAAUUGAUAGUAUGCUCCGACGUGGUAGUGAUAAUCCUAAUUUGCAUUCUAUUGUGAAAUCAUUGGAACAAGUUACUUUUUAUUCAAAUCAAGCUGAGGCAUUAUUUAAAUUCUUUGCAAAGGAUUUAAAGCUUCCGAUUGUUUAUGGUUUUCAACCAUUUUCUCAGAAGGAAAAUUACCCUAUCGAUCAAUCAACUCGUAUGGGAUGUGUUUCUCUUAAUAAUUUCAAGAUUCAAUGUGUGGAACAACCUGGAUUGAACAAAAUAAGAGGAUAUAUUAGUCAUAUCUUUACUGUACUGUUUGGUGAGAGAGUUGUUGGUGCAAAAAAGCAAGAGGAACAAUCUGUACAACGCAAUCUACUCUCUCUUGAUGGAAUUGCCUCAUUACUCACAAGUUUUGGAAGUGUUCACACAUUUGGAUUAUUGGGAGUCUCACUUUUUCCAUCAGCUUCGGGAGAUUCCGAUAGGAAAAUACUUAAAUCUAGAGGAAUUAUUUGCACAAGCCAGUUCAAGAAUUAUCAUGAAUUUUACAUGACUAAGUCGAUGCUAUCAAAACUGAAAUUGGAAGACAAAAAGAUAAUAGGAUUUAAACAAACAUUUUUAUUUGGAACCAUGUGGGAAUUUUACAGAAAGUAUAUUUACAGAAAUGAACCAUUUAAGAAUCAUGGAAUAUAUACCAUUAAUUAUCAUCCAUUCUUUGAAUUAGUAAUGAAAUUGGUUACCGAAAAAAAUGUAAAAUACGAAACCUCAAAAUCAAGUCUUGUAGGGAAAUUGAAUUCCAAACAACAGCAGUCAGAGAAGAUGUGGAAGGAUUGA